AGGAGGCUUCCCCGUGGCGUGGCAGAGGGACGCGCUUAGGGCCACCGGGCGCUGAUCACAGCCAGCUCCCGGGCGCAGCAGGGACCAGCGCGCCGAUCCCGAGCUCCCAGCCAGGGCGUCCGGCUAGCGGGGCGCGCCGCAGCUCCCGGAGCGAGCCGCGGAGCUCCCGGGCCGGCGCUGCGAUCCCCGGCGCGCCCAGAGGGAUGCGCGCCUUCGGCCAGAGGCUCCGGGGCCGGUGAGCAGCGCGCAGCCGGCAUGGAAGCGGCCGAGGCGAAGCCGAGCCAGCCAGCCAGUCCGGCCCCAGCGCCGGCGCCCGAGAAGAAGAAGCUGCAGCGGGCGCCGUCUCCGGCCAGACCCAAGGAUGUGCCCGGCUGGUCCCUGGCCAAGAGCCGGCGCGGCAGCCACCCAGGCUCGCCGGCCUCGCUCUGCGGGAAGCAGGGCGCGGGGCCCGGGCACUCGCGGCGGCCGGGCGGGGGCAAAGACGGGCGGCCCGAGAAGAAGGGGAAGCAGCCGCAGCCCGCCGUGGGUCGGGGCUCCGGGAGGGGGGCUCCCGGCCGGGCCGGGGCCAAGGCGAAGGGGCGGUGCCGGGGGCCAGCCGGGGCGGAGCCGCCGCCCCCCCUGAGCCUGACGGACAGCAGCUCGGAGGGCUCGGACUGCAGCGCCUCGGAGGAGGCCAAGCUGCUCUCGCUGGAGCUGGGGCUCAGCGGCAGCGACCCCGAGUCCCCGGGCAGCGCCUCGGCUCUGCCUGCCGGCCAGGGCAUCUCGCCGCCGCCCGACGAGCCCUCCGCCGCCUCCAUGGCCAGCAGCCGCCUGCAGCUCAGCACUUCGCUGGCCUUCUCCGACCUCACCGAGGAGCUGCUGGACGCGGGGCAGGAGGGCCUGGCGCGGGAGCUGGAGGAGCUGCGCUCCGAGAACGACUAUCUCAAGGAUGAGAUUGAGGAGCUGCGCGCAGAGAUGCUGGAGAUGAGAGACGUCUACAUGGAGGAGGAUGUGUACCAGCUGCAAGAGCUCCGGCAGCAACUGGACCAGGCCAGCAAGACCUGUCGCAUCCUGCAGUACCGGCUGCGCAAAGCGGAGCGCCGCAGCCUGCGCGUGGCACAGACUGGGCAGGUGGAUGGCGAGCUCAUCCACAGCCUGGAGCAAGACGUCAAGGUGGCCAAGGACGUCUCUGUGCGGCUCCACAACGAGCUGGAGGUGGUGGAGAAGAAGAGGAUCAAGCUGGAGGAGGAGAAUGAAGACCUGCGCCAGAGGCUGAUCGAGACAGAGCUGGCCAAGCAGGUGCUGCAGAAUGAGAUGGACAAACUGCGUGAGAAUUCGUUGAAGAAAAGGGGAUCUCGUUCUGUGGGGAAGACUGAAAAGAAGCCUUCAGUCCAGGAGGACAGCGCAGACCUAAAGUGUCAGCUGCAUUUUGCGAAAGAGGAGUCAGCUCUGAUGUGCAAGAAACUAACGAAGUUAGCCAAGGAGAAUGACAGCAUGAAGGAGGAGCUGGUGAAAUACCGCUCCUUGUACGGGGACUUGGAGAGCUCUCUGUCCAUAGAGGAGCUGGUGGACUCCCCUCAUUCGCGAGAGGCAGAACUGAAGGCUCAUCUGAAGCUCGUUGAGGAAGAAGCCAACAUCCUGAGUCGGAGGAUCGUGGAGCUCGAGGUUGAAAACCGUGGGCUGAGGGCAGAGAUGGAUGACAUGAAGGGACAAGGUGACAGAGAGCUGAUGGGGCAGGACAUUCGGUUUGCUUUCUCCUCCACCAGCUGUGGGGACUCUGGGGAGAGCCAGGUGGAACUGAGGCGACACCUGCAGUUCGUGGAAGAGGAGGCAGAGCUACUGAGGAGGUCGCUGAUGGAGCUGGAAGACCAAAACAAGCUCCUCAUGAAUGAGCUGAACAAGUACAAGUCGGACCACGACCUGGACAUUACCCUGUCGGAGGACAGCUGCUCGGUGAUCAGCGAGCCAUCUCAAGAGGAGCUGGCCACGGCCAAGGUGCAGAUCAGUGAGCUCAGCGGCAAGGUGAAGAAGCUGCAGUACGAGAACCGCGUGCUGCUCUCUAACCUUCAGCGCUGCGACCUGGCCUCCUGCCAGACCACGAGGCCGAUGAUGGAGACCGACGCUGAGGCUGGCGAUUCUGCGGACUGCAUCCCCACCCCUCUCUGGAGAGAGGUGCCCAUUGGAGGAGAGAAUGAUGCCAAGGACCGCCCUGAGAGAGGGCCCAGCAAUGGCAACGGGAAGUCUCAGGACAACAGCCCCACCCGGCUGUUCAAAUCCAAGGACUUGGAGACUCUGCUCGGCAUCCGGGACCAGGCCGCACUUGUUAGCAAAGCCAUCGACGUCUUGAUUUCUGACUCCAAUGGCUUCACCUCCAGCCUGAAGGUGUGUCUGGACAAUGACUGCAUGGAUCUGGUGCUGAGUGAGCCAGUGGAUAACAAUAGUGAAAGCACCAGUGACUCCAAGCUGAUCAACAUGAUCUUCGUGAGGCUCCGCGUCCUGCAGCAGGAGCUGAGCUCCUUCAUGAGGAAGGUGGAUCACAUUGGGGACUGCUGGAAAGAGCAGAUGGACCCUUUCUCCUUCCUGCCCAGCUGCGGCGCCCAGGACUCUCCCAAAGGAGCACUGCACAAAGAGCACAGCUCCGACUUCCAGCAGCCAGACUUUAGGGACGGCCCGGACUGGGACGCCGCGGGGAGCCGACCCCAUGACCUGUACUGCAGCAACAACACCAUGGACGUGGACUCCAAUGUGAAACUCCCCAGGAAUUACAAGCCCUACCGACCUGACGAGAACGACUCCUAUGUCACCGAGAUCAAGGAGCUGCAGCUGGUGCUGGCUGAAGCCAACGAGAGCCUGCGGGGCCUGCAGGAGCAGCUCGCCCAGGAGAGGCAGCUGAGGAAGGAGGAGCUGGAGAACUUCUCCCAGAAGAUCUGCCAGCUGCAAGAAGACCAGCAGAAGGCUCUCCUGAGGCGGGAGUUUGAGCUGCAGAGCCUGAGCCUCCAGAGGCGGCUGGAGCAGAAGUUCUGGAGCCAGGAGAAAAACCUCCUGGUGCAGGAAUCUCAGCAGUUCAAGCAGAAUUUCUUGCUUCUCUUCAUGAAGCUCAAGUGGUUCCUCAAACGCUGGAGACAGGGGAAGAUCCUUCACAGUGAGGGCGAUGGCUUCUUGGAGGUGAACAGCAUGAAAGAGCUGUGCCUGCUGAUCGAGGAGGAGGAGCUCACCCCACAGCAGCAGGCCGAUAACAAGACGUGUGCCGGAGACAUCUGGACCCAGAACACGCCCAAUGAGUACGUCAAGACCCUGGCAGACAUGAAGGUGAUCCUGAAGGAGCUGUGCACAGAGCUGCGUGAGGAGAGGCGGGGCAUGAAUGAGCUGCAGCUGCAAUUUGCCAAGGCCAAGGCUGCCUGGGAGGUAGAGCGGACUGAGCUCAAGUGCCACAUCGCCCAGCUGGAGUCAAAGGUUGGGAAAGGGGUCCCAGAGCGAGCCCCAUCGGACUGGAAAGUGGCUCUGAAGAGGGAGCGAGAGGAACACCAGCACCUCCUGGCCGAGUCCUACAGCGCGGUCAUGGACCUCACCAAGCAGCUGCAGAUCAGUGAGAAGAACUGGAACCAGGAGAAGCUGGAGCUGCUGGACAGGUUCAAGGACGAGCAGCAGCAGGCAGAGCAGCAAGUGAAAGAACUGCAGAACAAAAUCAACCAGCUGCAGAGGGGAGCCGACCGGUGGGCCAUGGAGAAGCAGGGCAGCAACUGGAAAGAGACGCUCAACGAAAAGAUCACCGACAAAGAGACCGUUUCUGAAACAGACCCCAAGGGAGCCAGUUUAAAAAGGACGAAGUCCGUUUCCUCGAUGUCCGAGUUUGAAAGCUUGCUCGACUGUUCUCCCUACCUUCCAGGCAAGACCAGCCCUGUGAUCGCUGACCACGCACGAGGCAAGGUGUCCCCAGCCACACAGCUACUGCCUAAUGGUAUAACAGACCCUGCAGGAGUCCACCCCAAAAACUGUACGUAUGUGACUACAGAGCAACCUGCCCCUGAGAGCCUGGCAAAAGAGAAGCUGAACAUUUCCUCAUGGGAUUAUUCACGGGCAAGCAACCUCUCUGGGCAGGAUCCGGCCCAGAAGCAAAUGCAGAGGAGCUACACGGCACCAGACAAGACUGGGAUCCGCAUCUAUUACAGCCCUCCGGUGGUGCGAAGACUGGAGGCGCCGCUAAUCCACAAUAAGGAGGGGAAGAUCAUGACUGAGCCGGGCUUCCUGUUCACAAUGGCCAAGCCGACAGAGCUGGAGGAAUCUGACCGCUCGGAGAAUACGUACAGCAGGUGGCUGUGCAACUUCUCCAAGCAGCACCGCGAGCUGCUGGACAGCCGCAGUGCUGACAAGGCUGGGCCCUCCGGCCCCAGGUUCCCAGCCUCCCUGCACGAUUUUGAGAUUUCCGGCAACAUGAGCGACGACAUGAAAGAGAUCACCAACUGCGUGCGGCAGGCCAUCCGCUCCAGCUCACUGGAGAGGAAGGUGAAGAGCACCUCCAGUCAGACCACGGGGCUGACAACCGUCGGAACCCAGACCAUUCAGAUGGUGAGCAUCGGCUUGCAGACAGACACGCCCCGGGGAAACCUCCACAGCAAGAGCUGGUCCCCACGCAGCUCCUCCCUGAUGUCUGUGCGUAGCAAACAGAUUUCUUCGUCUCUGGACAAAGUCCACUCCAGGAUCGAACGGCCCUGUUGUUCUCCCAAGUAUGGCUCCCCGAAGCUCCAGAGACGGUCUUCUUCCAAGCUCGACAAUUCAAAGGACAGAAGCCUGUGGAACCUUCAUCAGAGUAAGCAAAAUGGGUCGGCCUGGGCUAGGUCGACCACAACCAGAGACAGCCCGGUCCUCAGUAACAUCAACGAUGGCCUGUCCAGCUUGUUCAAUGUUGUGGAGCAUUCUGGGAGUACAGAGUCCAUCUGGAAACCAGGCUGUCCAGAGAGCAAAGCCAAGCCAGAAGCCCCGAAAUACGGCAUCGUGCAAGAGUUCUUCAGGAACGUGUGCGGGAGGGCUCAGAGCCCCACUUCUGCCCCAGAGAAGAAAGAAUCACCGGGAGAUGAUGGCACCAAAAAGCAGGAUCACUCCCAGCCGCCCACCUGCCAUCCAUCUGAAAAUGUCUCCCGGAGCUUAAACAAGAAACUCCCGAAGCAAAGCAGCAGCGAGGAGCCCAAGGUGUCUUCCCCAAACCAGGGGAGCAAAGAUGGGACCCCAAGGGACCUGGACAUCACAUCUGUGAUAGCCAAUGAGGACACAGCAUGCGACUGCAGCUCCCAGUCCCUCACCUCCUGCUUCGCCCGGCCCUCCCGCUCAGCUGUGCGGCACUCCCCUUCCAAGUGCAAGCUGCAUCCCUCUGACCCCAGCCGGGUGGAGGAGAAGGCAGGGCCUCUGAGUGAGUGAGUGAGGGCAGCGGGGACUGGGCUAAGCCGUGUCUGCUUUCUGCGGUCCUGACGAAAGAGCACGCUUCCCGCCUGUGCCAGCUCCACCGCAGCCUGCGGGACCUGCCAGCCCUGAGAGAGCUGUGCUGGGUCCCAGUGGGCCCCUCACUCUCGCAGAGACACAGGCACAUGCACAUCUGUCUCCUAACUGUUCCCCAGCUGAUGGGGGCGCUUAAGAAGCAGAUGCUGCAGGAUAGUCGGGAACGGAGGCUUCCGGCAUUAUGCCUGGACCUGGUUCCAGGGAUGGAGGGGAAGUUACUCUGGGCGGGUGUCUCCUGACCCCCAAGAAGUAGCCUGCCAACCUCACUGCUCCUGCAAGGGAAGGAUGAUUCCAGGAGCGAGGAGGGUGGGGUGUGGGGAGCUCUGUGCAAUUUCCAUAGCCCUUCCAGGCUCCUCAGAGACCUGCACUUCAGGGAGACGGACUGUUCCCAGGCAGCCGGCGGGGGGUGGGGGGAAUGAAGAGAUGGGCCCUGCCUGCCCUGGGAUGUGGGAACUGGGAACCACCACCCUGCAGCAGCCUCUGGAAAGCUGGCAAAGCCAAGGCCCCGAGCCUGGGAUUCCUUGGGGCCGUGCUGCUGACAAGCACCCUGGAGAGGAAUCAGCAGCAGGAGCGCAGAGAGCAGCUGGGUCAGCGCUCAGAGGAAAUGCCCCAGGCAUACUGUCACUGCACUUCACAGCCAGGGCUGUGGGCCGGGGGUGUGCCCUGGGGGGCAUGCUGUAUAAUGCUGAUUGAUGUGUGUGAGGCUCUUUCACUGUGUCGCCUCCCUUGUCAUUUUGUCAUCGAGUGGCACUGGCACGCCCCUUCACUGACACGGCCCCUCUCCCCCGCACCUGGGGGCUUUGUGCACACCCAGCCCAGGGUGGAUUGCCCUGCUGUUGCAUCAGCUGCUGCCGUGCUCGGCUCGCCUGCUGUGCUGGAAGGAUGCCGAGGGGAGGAUCCUGGGGGCAGGCACAGGGCACGUUCAGGCCCUUCUCCUCACCCAAACAAUGUUUAAUUCCCCACCCCAGCACCAGAGUGGCCAGUGGCUGAAGCAAGCUGCCCCCCUGGAAUGCUCACCGAGCUAGCGUGCUGGCCGAGUGGCUAUGGGGCUCCCUUUGUCUCUGGCUCGCCUAGCUGGAUCCUGGCUCAGAAGCUGUGCAGCCGCUUGGCCUCUGAAAGCCUGAUCUCAGGAGGCACAGCCAAAGGUAGAUGGGAACAGGAGAAAAUGCAAUGGGGGGGUGAGUAGACUGCAGUAGAGAGGGGACCUAGCAGCCUUGCAGAGCCUAGGCCAGUAGGAAGUACAGCACGCGUUCUCCCUUCUCCAGGGGGCUGUGCAGGAGCAGAGAGAGAGAGAGAGUGUCUGUAUGUGUGAAUGAAUGUUUGUGUGUUCUCUCUUCCCCUCCCCUCCGGAGCAUUAGGCCGAGAGCACUGAAACCCUGGGGACAAGAUGAGCCAGGCCUAUGUUCCCCCGCAGCUGGUCUGAGCAAGGUUCUAACCAAGGUGGCAGCAUUUCCCUAGGUUGUGUCCCACCUAGUGUCUGGCAGAUCUCGUUGGACACGGAGGGUCUCCUG